AUGGCGACCAGGAUAUUAUACUUGUUCGUUUGGUCCGCGGCAUUUCUUGCUGAGCGGCAGUGCGCCUCGCAAAUGACCACCGCAGGGCUUGCAUUCCCCACUGCGGGGCUUGGCAACAGCAGCAGCAGCGGGGAUGCCAGAAGCAAAAAAGACUCCAACCAGACCUACAACUCCCGACUUAAGAGGAAAAACCUGGCCAUGGAUUUUGCAGUGCCCUCUCUGUUGCGCUACUACAUUACCGAGUUGAUUAAACGUCCACUUAACGGAGAUUGUCUGACUUUUAGUGGGUGCUAUACGGUGCGCGCUAAUUUAAGGAUGCACUGCAUUCCCUUACAAAAAACGGUGGCUACUUUUGUUGACCCAAAGUUGGUUGCAAUCGAUAGCAUGGCGGCAGAGAAUUCAACCAGUGCUGGUGGACAGCUUCCGGAACCAGUGCUGGUGGACGGCUACAAGAGGCCGCUGUCCAAAGUUCUGCAUUUGGGUUUGACGAAAGCCAGCCGUAAAUCGAAUCAAGUCGUGGUGGAAAUUGGGGAGGACUUGGUUAAAACGGGAUGCGGCGGACUGGCAGUCUACGAGGAAGACCCGGUAUUUUUCCUGGAAAUUGACCUAACAAAUAUUUUGGAAUGGUGGUUCGGCGCCGAAGGGGGCCGGCUAAGAGUCCGGCUUAUGCCAGAAAAGAAAGCACAGGUUCCCGGGAGAGAGGACAAGUACACCGCGGCGAUACGAGCAGCAGACCCCCGCCUCUUUUUUCAUAUAGCCUCCGGAGGUGAGUCGCUGGUGGGUCGAGCCGGACUGGGUGUCCCACGAGGUUACUGGAACUUCUCCUGGCUGGCCGAGGAGGAGCUAAACUCCCCCAAGGCCGUAGCGCCAACGUCAGAUACGGGGUGCCCCGGCAACAGGAAGUCAUGUGACCACCCGCAGCCUGAGGAUAACCCUGAUUUCACGUGGAGCGUGGUGGCGGCAGAGAACCCCUGGGAAGAGGGGAACGGGAGGAGGGAGAAGAAAGGAGGAAGUACACAGGGCUGGGAGGAAGGUAAGAAUGAAGGUCAGUUCCUGUGGGUGAAUGGCUCUGCCUUGGCAGGUCCAUGGGUCCUGAGCCCCUGGCUGUGGGGAGGUUGGGACCCCUGUGGGAUGGACAUGGCCGUGUUCCUGCACCCCCUGCAGAGCGGACGCUACACUGUGUGGCUCAUUGAGAGGGGCAAAAAUCCGCUAGCCCUCUUGUCCACUGACAUGCUGCCGCCCAUCACAGGCUGGGCAGUGGUCCACCUCACCCUGGGGUCCCGUGGAAUGGCGACCUUCAGGAUCCAAGCCAGCUAUGACCGGCCGAGCGAACAGGAUGCCACCGCCACGAUCAAACCGGGCUUCACCACCAACUGCACCAUGGAUCUCUCCCCUUUCCACAACAUCCCCCUCCAGGGCCAGUACCAUUGUCACCAUGGCCCGGGGGUCCCUCUGGGACAGUUGUGUGACUUCACGAUGGACUGCCCACUCGGCGACGACGAAGGGGACAUGUGCAGUCAGUUUCUCAUUGGCAGCUAUUGCUCCUUCGAUGAUGGUGAGUGCGGUUGGCAGCCAACAGCGGCCAAGGGAUCCUCCUGGAGGCGUGUCCACACCCCGCCAAAGGGGGUGCGGCCCAGCUGUUCAUCAUCCUCAGGUGCCAUGUUCAGUGUGGAUGGAGGGCAGUCCAAGGGUCAUCAGGUGUCAACGUUGCUCAGGAGCCCUCUCUUCCCCCCUCCCCUACGGAACUCUCGAUGUGAGGUACGGUUCUUGAUGUGUUCUGGAGGUGGCCAGAGAAGGGCACUGUCUUUGUGGCUGGUGGAAAACAGCACACGACUAGAGGAGCAGCGCAGACUGUGGUACUCUGCCAAUGAGCCCAAGACCAAGAAAGGCUGGAGACGCAUUAUCGUUCCUCUCUAUGGACUUGUUGACUGGUUCUGGCUCCAGUUCAGUACUGACAAUGGAUCAGGUCCAGGAUCAGCGAUUUGUCUGGAUAACAUCUCCUUCAGUAUGGACUGCUUCCUGGCCUCCAAUGGUGAAUUUCCUCCAACGGUAACCGGCACCACUAAACUGCCAUUGAAACCAACCAAUCAGAACAUUAAAACAACCACCCCGUCCAAUGGAAACUCAAGAACAUUGUCAGACCUUCCUACUCCAACUGACUCAACAAAAUGGGCCUUUCACACUUGUGGGGCAGUUGGUUCAGAGGGGCCCACCCCAACCCAGUGUACCAGCUCCUAUCGGAACAGCAAUGUCAAUGUUAAUGUGGCAACCAGAAGCCCAUUCAAAGGCAUCCAAAUCUGGAGGGUACCAGAGACUGGCAUCUACAGGAUCACAGCUUGUGGGGCGGCUGGCGGUCGCAGUGUAUUGGCCAUGACAAAGUCACAUGGUGUCCAACUCACAGCGGACUUCCUGCUUCAGAAGGGCGUGUUGCUUUAUUUCCUGGUGGGCCAAAAGGGAGAGGACGCUUGCCCCAAUACCAACAGGACACUGAACAAGAUCUGUGUAGAGCAGACACCAUUGGACAAGAAGACACAGGUCAAAGGGGGCGGAGGCGGAGGAGGAGGAGCCACCUAUGUGUUCAAGGUGGAGAGGGGUGUCCACAUCCCCCUGAUCAUCGCAGGUGGAGGUGGUGGACGUGGGUACAGCAGCCAAUCAGACAGCCAGAAUGAGUUAAUGGAUGACCCCAAUGUACCAGGGCGUAACGGGAAGUCUGGAGCGGCAGGUGGAGGCGGAGGUUGGAAUGACAGUAACCCUGGGUCUCUGGGUGGGAGACCCCUAAUACUUGGAGGCCAGGGGGGGCAACCCUGCCAGAAGUUGGGUUGGAAGACCAGAGGGGGCUUCGGGGGAGGGGGAGGCCCCUGUACAUCCGGUGGUGGAGGAGGGGGGUAUAGAGGUGGCAGCACCUCUGAAGCAAAUGACCCAAAGCAGGACGGGGAUGACGGUUCCUCUUUCACCAACCCAGAGGGAGAGAUCUUCCUGGAUGCUCUGAAAGGGAUGGAAAGUGAUGGAGAAGUGAUCAUCUGCCCCGUGCAGAACUGUAGCCACUGUGAGACGGGCGAGUGUCAUGAGAACGAGGAGGGGACAAUGUGUUACUGUGACGAGGACCUCGAACUUGCCCCCGACGGUGUCUCUUGUGUCAAUGCAUCAACAGAGGUGUCUCUGCUGCCACCCCAGCCCUCCCUGUCCCAUCUGGCCCUGGGUCUGUCUGUGGGGACUUCAGCCCUCAUCGCUGCCCUGCUGCUAGCUGUGUCUGGAGUCAUGAUCAUGUACAGACGGAAGCACAUAGAGCUACAGUCCAUUCAGCUGGAGCUCCAGAGCCCAGACUGUAAACUGAGCAAGCUGAGGGCUUCCACCAUCAUGACCGACUACAACCCCAACUACUGCUUCGCUGGGAAGACCGCCUCUGUCAACGACCUGAAGGAGGUGCCCCGACGCAACAUCUCCCUCACCAGGGGACUGGGACAUGGUGCCUUCGGUGAGGUGUAUGAAGGGAUGGCAGUGGGGAUACCUGGAGAGUCCAAUCCCAUGCAAGUAGCAGUUAAGACACUCCCUGAGGUGUGCUCUGAGCAGGAUGAGCUCGACUUUCUCAUGGAGGCUCUCAUUAUCAGUAAAUUCAGCCACCAGAACAUAGUGCGGUGUAUAGGGGUGAGUCUUCAGGCCCUGCCACGCUUCAUCCUACUGGAAUUGAUGGCUGGAGGAGACCUCAAGAGUUUCCUGAGAGAGACGCGGCCCAGACUGGAGCACCCCUCUAGUCUCUCCAUGGUGGACCUGCUCAACGUGGCCAGAGAUAUCGCACAGGGAUGUCAAUACCUGGAGGAGAACCAGUUUAUACACCGGGACAUUGCAGCUCGGAACUGCCUGCUGACCACCAAAGGACAGGGGAGAGUGGCCAAGAUAGGGGACUUUGGAAUGGCCAGGGACAUUUACAGGGCGAACUACUACAGAAAGGGUGGGCGCGCCAUGCUGCCUGUGAAGUGGAUGCCUCCCGAAGCUUUCAUGGAGGGGAUCUUCACAUCCAAAACAGACACGUGGUCCUUUGGUGUUUUGCUAUGGGAGAUCUUCUCUCUGGGCUAUAUGCCCUAUCCCAGUCGCAGUAACCAGGAAGUGUUGGAGUUUGUCACCAGCGGGGGAAGGAUGGACCCUCCCAAAAACUGCCCAGGGCCCGUAUACCGAAUAAUGACACAGAGUUGGCAGCAUCAACCGGAGGACAGGCCCAACUUCUCCACCAUCUUGGAGAGGAUUGACUACUGCUUACAGGACCCCGAUGUGGUGACUGUUACCUUGCCUGUGGAAUAUGGGCCCCUCCCCGAAGCGGAGGAGCAGGUGCCCAUGCGCCCUGAGGAUCUCACGGCCUCUCCCCUGCUGGUGUCCACUCAGAUGGCCGACGGGGAGGGCCCUGCACCGCCACCCUCUGCCCCCGACUCCAACGAGGAGAAACGAAGAGUCAAGCAGCCCCUCCUCCUUUCCAGCCAACCCCCCGAAACUGUCAAGCCCCAGAUGAUGGCGCAACAACCCCAGUUCUACCCCCACCCUCAGACAUUCACCACAACCACCAUCACAGCCACCUCCUUCAUCUCCACCUUCAAGGCGCCUCCCCCCAUCUCCACCCAGCAGCCCAACCCAGAGGGGGGCCACAUUAAUCUGGCAUUCACCCAGGGCUACCCUAAGGAUAAGGAUGGUCACAAUGGGAAGCCCACCAACCUGUGGAACCCCACCUAUGGCUCCUGGUUCCUCCAGCAGCAGCAGAGGAAGCAGCAGCAACAGCAGCAGCAGCAAAGGCAGGGAUACAUGGGCAGUGGAGGUGGGGGCUUGGAGGUGGGAGGGUUCCGGGCGAGGGGCAGGAGUACCAGGGGCGGACUGUGGCCGAGGCUGCGGGGGCCCUGGGUCUCCAGCAACAGCAGCACAAGCAGCAGCAGUUCCAGCCACCGUAUCCCUUCCAUCCACAGCAGCAACAGCAUCAACAACAGCAGAUGCAGCUCCUGCACCACCAACAUCAGCAGCAACAGCAGGGGCUCUGCAAGCCCCUCUUGCCCCCUCCUCCCCCACCCCAGGCCACCUUCUCGGAUAUCACUGCCCCUACCCCGCUCCUGUUAGAUUCUGCCACCCUCCCCCAGUCCCCCUCUUCAGACUUCGCCACUUCCCCUGCGGGAACAUCGGCUACGGCUACCAGGAGCAAGGGUUG